ACCCAUGCCGAUUGGUUUCAUGGAAAUGUGGUGGAGGGAGAGGGGCUGUCCGUGCUAUAAAAGCAGCCUGCGUGUGUGUGUGUAUGUGUGUGUAUGUGUGAGAGCGGAGCGUCUUGGAGAGGACUGUAUCAGUCAGCUGGCCGGUGCGCAUCACACAUACCGGGAUCCACAAACAGACACGCGCAGCGCAGCCAUGAGUGAGAGACAAGUAUCUGGACCAGCGACUGGAAACAGCAAACCAUCUGCUGGCCAAGGACUUCAAGGGCAGCCAAAGGUUCCAUCUAAACAUGAAAAGAAGAACAACCUCCCACCGGACUUCGACAUCGACAUGGACAACCCUGAGACGGAGAAGGCUGCCGUCGCCAUCCAGUCGCAGUUUAGAAAAUUCCAGAAAAAGAAGCAGGAUGUGAAGUCGUAAAGCGAGUGUCGUCAGCUGCGUCUUCACCUGAUUUGGUCCUGGUCUUGCAUGUCAUUCACAACUGUUCAUGAACUGAAAAGGAAAGGUGGGAGAGGGAUUCAUGAGGGUGGAGGUCAGGGGUCUGGUCUGGGGGUUGAACAGUAAAUCUUUGUGAAAGUCUGUGUAUGAUUUCUAACUUAUAAUGACUAUUAUAUACUAAAACAAUACAUUAUGAAUAUCUUGGUGUAUGUAUUUAGAAUUUUCCUAUAAUUUUGCUAUUUCUGUUUUUUACUUCAAUGAUACUUUGCAGUGUAUCUGCAGUAGAACUUAAGUACAUAUUAACAGUGUUUCUCAUGUCACAUUCAGUGUAAUAUACCCAUGUAAACAGUACGUUUUCUCAUGAAUUGUCAAACAAAUUUCAUUAAUUCAGGGGGAAUAUAUAGCCAAAUGCAUUUCUGUGAUUGACACUUAAACUUGCAUCAUAAUUUGAUCAGCAGUCUUUGCAAGGCGUCAUAAUCGAAAUAUGUUUGGGCUCUGCUGGAGGUCUGUUAAUGGCAUUUCCCUCUGGCUGGGUAAAAUGAUCUCAUACAGCAGCCAGCGCUUUCAUGCUGUACGUCUGGUGCUUUUGAAAUCAAAUCAAUGUCUCUAAUUUGUAAUUCCCCUCCAUCAUGUAUUUUCACCCGACGACAUGUGUGUGUGUCUUUGUAGAGACUCUAGAUGUUGUGCUCGUGGUUCGAGUCCAAUUGUGUUUCUGUCAUUGUUCAUGUUCGGUGUGAUUGAAUCAAUAUCAUUGUUCAGUUGGCUCACACAUGUAUACUGUACAAGCACACACACUUAUGCAUGCAAGCUUGCACAGAUGCACAUACACACACACAUGCAUAUACACUCAUACAGAGAAAUAAAUAAAGAGUUGUAAAGAAGUGCAAGUUGA